GAAUCCUAUUUUAGACAGUAGUAAUCAGUAUCACAACACGAUAGGAACACAAAUAUGACUGAAGUCUUAAAAACGAUUUUAAGAAAAUUCAUAAAACGCAUAAUGUCAUCAUCUGAAUCUUCCGAGUCUUUCCAAACCAACCUAGAGCCGAAGAUUCUUCGCAGUAAUCGCAUCAUCAUGUCAUCCUCGGAAUCUUCCGAGUCUCCCCAGCCUGAAGUGGAGUCCAACGAGCAGCCAACGCUUCGUCGCAGUAAUCGCAUCAAGCAGAUGGAGAAGAGAAAACGUCGACUGACCGAGGAGCAACCGACUGACACGGGAAAAAUGAAACGAAUGAGGACCCUAUAUACCAGGCAAGUGUCCGAGUGUCUGUCCAACAGGCUAGAGGACCUGGAGUUGGAGCACCAGGAGAAACAGCAGGAGAUGGGUAGGUUAUUGGAGGCUGCAUCAGAGGAGCUUUUAAGGCUGCAGCAGCAAAAUGGAAAUGGACAAGGGUCCCCCCUUUGUGUCUGCACCGAAUUCAAUGGGGAACUCUUCAAGCUGUACGAUCUGCCCGAAGAUGUGGAAUUUCAUAUUCCAAAAAAGAGCAGACAUAGACAUAGAAACGGAUGACUUCCAUAUUAACAAAA